UUCAGAAAUGAAAUGUGUAAAAUGCCCACAAAUAGCGACGUUAUGUUGUACGGAUCCAAAGAAGGCAGCUUAUUGUAAGCCAUGCUUCAUUCAGAUGGUAAAACAUAAGUUUAGCUCCGCUAUUGGUAAACGACGGUUAUAUAAAGAUGGUGGGCAGCGCGAGACACUAGUGGUUUACGAUGGAACUAACGCUGGUGCAUUUUUGUUGUCUCUUGUUAGCCAGGGUCUGCGAGCUGAUGCUCAUAAACGACUCACACUUGUGCCUACUGUAAUGGUUCUUCUGAAGGAAACAGAUAAAGCAGUAAUCGAUAGUAUCAAGAAGGAAGUAGAACAUAUCAAGGAAUGUAUCGCAGCUCCAUGGUUGUAUGUUCAUAUUGCUGCAGUGUUCGAAAGCAAUAUUUCUGAUCCACAAACAUCUUCUGAUAUUUAUGGCGUUGACCAUAUAUCACAAUGGACUCAACUGUUGACUUCCUGUUCGUCAUCAUCUACUAAAAAGGAAGUUGAAUACUUAUGCUCAAAUAUAUUAUGUAUCCGGAUAGCGCAAAAGUUAGGUGUUCAUAAAGUAAUGCUCUCCAUGUCUGCGGAUGAAUUAGCCUCAACAACUCUUUCAUCUCUUGCUUUAGCCAGAGGCCCUUCUGUUUUUCAUGCGGUCAACGUAGUUGAUAAACGUCACGGUGAUGUUACACUGAUACGUCCACUUCGGGAAAUUAGUGAAAAGGAAAUUGCACUUGUCAAUCGAUUCGAGAGAAGUGACCGGUACAUUUUGAAUGUGCAGAAAGAUCGUGUAAAAGCUGAUGACGAUGACCAAUCAUUACAAUCGGUCUCCAGAGAUUUUAUAAACGGUUUGAUAAUGAAUGGUUUUACUGGUACUGUAACGACCAUAUUAAGCAUCGCCAACAAAGUGCAGGCUCCAGCUACAAGUAGAACACGUUGUGUUCUGUGCGUCUCAACUUACAAUGCAGAGGAGGGCGGGAGGUAUUGCUCUUCAUGUGCGUCAGUUCUUGAUCAAGUUGGUGACAAGGUCCUGUUGAAGCAGCUCCUUGAUGCCAUUUGUACGGUUAUCAAUUGA